AUGGCUGCCUUUGGGUUGAAAGAUUUCCUGGAUGAGACUGGAUGCAAGCUUGUCUUCUACUUGUACAGAGUGGCCAGAGGGGUUACCCUCAGCACCACUUGCCUACUCAGUUGUUUCCAAGUCAUUAUAAUUGGCCAAAGUUUUUCAGGGUGGAUAGAAACUAAAAUUAAAUCCCAGAAGUAUCUUGGCUUUUUCUGUUUUCUCUGCUGGCUCCUGAACCUCCUGAUAAAUGCCCGAACUGUUGUGAAUGUAACAGGACCAAAGAACAGCAGGAACAUGAGCAUGCAAAACAUGUACAGAUACUGCUAUGUUCCUGUUCGUAAAGAUCUGACAUUCACACUAACAGCAACCCUUUACUUCCUCACUGAUUGGACUUUCUUGGGUCUUAUGGUCUGGGCCAGUGGCUCCAUGGUCCUUCUGUUGCACAGACACAAGCAGCGUGUCCAGCACAUUCACAGCCACCGUGUCUCCCCUUCAUCUUCCCAUGAGGCCAGAGCCAGCUGCACUGUGCUGAUCCUGGUGAGUAUGUUCGUCUCCUUUUAUGCUUUUUCUGCCAUUUUAUCAUUUUGGAUAACACAGAGCCUGAGUCCCAGCCCCUGGCUCAUGAACACUGUUGUGCUGCUCUCCUCAGCCUACCCUGCAUUCAGCCCCUUUGUGUUUGUCUUCAGUGACACUCAUGUCUCUCAACUCUGUGUUCUCUCAUGGACAAGAAACACAAACACUGCACGUUUGUUCUCCAGGUUUUGA